CUUGUCUUGCACGUAUAGUAUGCACAGUAUGGGUAUCGGCAAGCCAUAUUGUGAAUGAAGCUGCGGGACGCAUUCAUUCCAGCUUUUGAUUAGCCCGUGUACGCUAUGCCUAGAUGAUCCGCAACCUGAUCAUUGCUAUUUCCUUCACACCACCCAAACGCCAUCGAAAUGACGGCAUGAAAGUUGAAUUAGUGACGGCGCGAUCUUGAAUGGGGCGUCUUUGGAUGGAGCUCUGCCCCACAGAGCGCGACGCUUGAAGACUGUGGUGCUACUGUGCAUUAUCGUUGUGCCACAGAUGAUCGUGAUGCUUGCCGUUUUCCCACACCAAGGCAUUGAGGAAGACGGGACAACCCUCCUGAUCCAGGAUAGCAGACUGCCAUUUGUUCGCCACACGUAUUGGUUUGAAGCUAAUGUGGCUGCGUUGAACGUUUUACGCUUUGAAGCUAUGCACUGGCAGCACUAUGUAAAAGCAAAGACUGGGAAGGGCCCUGAACAGAUGGCGACGAUCCUGGGGAUCUGCGCACGGACUCUGCCAGAACGGACAAGACAGCGGCCGGCGUAA